UGUACUGGCACUUGGAUCGCAGCAGCGGCAGCAGCAGCGCGAGCCGGGGUCUCCGUCCACCAGUUCCUGUGCAACAGAGGUGAUCUGCGCAUGGGAAAAUGACAAUCAAGUUCAUCCUCUCCAUACUUCUGCUCGUCCGAGGCGCUCGUUCUGAUCUGCUGGAAUAUGGCGACGACGAAGAAGAUCACCACGAUACCACUGUCAAUCAAAUGCUGGUGCCGAGGUCGCACCAGGAGGACGCCACCCUCAUUCUGAACAACCUGCUGAAGGAAUAUGAUAAGACGCUGCGGCCAGACAUCGGAGAGAAACCAACAGUCAUCGAUGUGGGCAUAUAUGUCAACAGCAUCGGGCCUGUGUCAUCCAUCGACAUGGAGUACCAGAUCGAUAUUAUCUUCGCCCAGACCUGGGUAGACACCCGUCUGCGCUACAACAGCAGCAGCAUGCGGAUUCUGACCCUCAACAGCAAUAUGGUCGGACUGAUCUGGCUCCCAGACACCAUCUUCAGGAAUUCCAAGAACGCCGAUUCGCACUGGAUCACGACGCCCAAUCAGCUGCUCCGGAUCUGGAACAAUGGAAAAAUCCUGUACACGCUGAGGAUGACCAUCAACGCAGAGUGCCAGCUGCAGCUCCAUAAUUUCCCAAUGGAUGAACACUCCUGUCCUCUCGUCUUCUCCAGCUACGGCUACCCGCGAGACGAGAUUGUGUACAAGUGGAAGCGAAACUCAGUGGAGACCUCGGACCAGAAAUACUGGCGGCUCUACCAGUUCGACUUCAUGGGGCUCAGAAACACCACGGACGUGCUCACGACCACAGCAGGUGACUAUGUGCUGAUGACGGUUUACUUUGACCUCAGCAGAAGGAUGGGCUACUUCACCAUCCAGACCUACAUUCCCUGUAUCUUAACCGUGGUCCUCUCCUGGGUCUCCUUCUGGAUCAAGAGCGACGCGACACCUGCAAGGACGGCUCUGGGCAUCACCACGGUGCUGACCAUGACCACCCUGAGCACGGUGGCCAGGAACUCGCUGCCGAGAGUGUCCUACGUGACCGCCAUGGACCUCUUUGUCACCGUCUGCUUCCUGUUCGUCUUCGCCGCCAUGAUCGAGUACGCCAUGCUCAACUACUACUCCUACAGCAUACGCAGACCUCCUCCCAAGACGCAGAGAAUGGCCUACUCGUCAUUCAACAUGAGUCGCAACUCUCGGACCAUGAUGCCCAUGGCCAACUCCUUGUUCUGGCACGACUACGAGGACAACUGCCUGUACGAGUGCCUGGACGGGAAAGACUGCAAGAGCUUCUUCUGCUGCUACGAGGAGUGUAAAGAAGGCGGCUGGAGGAAAGGGCGGAUCCACGUCAACAUCAGCGAGCUGGAUUCCUACUCCCGGGUCUUCUUCCCCACCUCCUUCUUGCUAUUCAAUAUUGUCUACUGGGUCAGCUACCUCUACCUCUAGUCGGUCUCGGGGCUGUGAUCUGCGGGGGUGGGCCGUGCCUAGACAGCCCCCCACCAGUUUGCACUGUGGCACGUGAUUUGAGGUCAAUAGGUGGACCUUCUCUGUGGGAACUGCGGAGGACAUGCUGCCACUGGAGUGGUAGGAUGUAUGGGGAAAAAGUGCACCUGUGCCGUGGCGCGCAGUGUUAAGGCCAUGACACAUUGAGCAGCGGCACUCCACGGUGAAUAAAACGCUCAGCAGUAGAAAAAGAAGCCGCCAGCACCAUCUCAAAUGGAUAGGUCCCAUUUAUAGCUCUCAGAAACCAAACAACAGACAGCUGUGACUUCAGAGACGUUCCGGGACUGGGUGGCAUAGCUCAAUCUUGGUCGUCGAGAUGGCGAAGCACCCAUAGUGCCUUCUUUAGAAAGGGUGCGGCACCGAGAGACGCAGCUUAAGAGUCCCCUCCAUUAUCUUUAUUACCUCGUCCAUCACAACCACCGCAUGCUGAGCUGUUUAUUCUUUGAAGAAACAAAACCCGGAUCACAAUUCGCACCACUGGAGAUGUUUAAAACUCACCGUUCAUUUUGUAGCACAUUAGUUUUAGUUGUACCCUAGGAUUAGUUCUCUUUUCUAAAAAUGGUAAAGUUUUCUUGUUCUUCUUAUUCUUCUUCUUCUUAGAAUUAGUUGUUCUUUCACAGCGAGUCAACUAGCUCCCACAUCGGCUGUUAAUUGUAAAAUAUGGGUUAGAGGCGAGGGCAGUGGUCGUCCAGUAAAAUCUUGUUAAUUGAGUCAGUGAGCUUUUUGUUCAUGAUGCUGUAUGAGCAGGCGGUGCAGUUUACGGAAAACGUCAAGAAGAUUUGUGUGUUUUUAACGGGCUAAUGUAUAACAUGACAUGACGUACAUUAGUAUAAAUCCAACACUAAACAUGCAAAUCGCAAUCCCUUGGCCGAAUAUGUAUCUCACACUACAUGAAUAAAUAAGUAAGGGUUAGAGCAGUACUCGUUUUGAGAAGAGAUAUAUUAAAUCAGAUUUUAUUUUACAAAAUCGUAUUCUUAUUCAUAUGAAAUAUUUUAAUAUUAUAAAUGGGCUAAAUAACAAGGUUUGACAUUUGGAGAAAUUUACUCACAUGUCAUCUCAAAUAAGGACCAGAGCUCUUGUUUAUCUUCGCGACCGAGGCUAGGGACAAUGUAAGCUACUGUAGCCAUAUUUAAAGCUAGCAGGCAGUGGCUAGCAAACAUAGCACAAAGAGUGGAAACAGGGCUAGGCAUCUAGAUCCGUCCAGGAACUUGAAUGUUUCCUGUUUUUUUAAAGGCCAAAGACCAGUAAAUGAUUUGGCAGCUUUUCUUAAUUUAAUUUUUAUUUAUUACAAAACAACACAUAUGGAGCCAAGCUAAGUUUCUGCGAUUCCAGACUCCAGGCUAAGAUAAGUUAGCUUUCUGCUGGGUGCAAUAUAACAUUUGAUUUAACAUGAGAAAACUUCAAUUUACUCCCAAAAUAUUCUAAACAAUCCAACUUAUGAUCCCAGAGAAACCAUAAGCUAAAUAAAUAUACGGGAUAUUGGCACAAAACUGCAGAAAUAUUAGCGUUCAGCUACAAUCCACUUGAACCCUUAAAGCACAUAAAUGCAUACACUGCACAUGCCCUAUUUAUUUUCCAUUACAGCCAUUCCGUUUCAGAAGUACAGCUUGAGCACAUAAAAUUGGAUCCUUGAUGAAAGCCUCAAUUUUGUUUCCCUUUUUUAUUUCCUGACGGAAAAAAAAGGAAUUUGCGGUGUCCUGCCAAAAGCAGGACCUUGAGGCACAUCCUCCUGUGCCCGGCUGGCAAUGAUCACAGGUGCUGCGAAAUAGGUUCCAUAUAUUGUGAUACACAUAUGUGGUACACAAGGGCAGUGCUGAAAAAUGGAUGACACAUGAUUCAUGCUGAUGACUUGAUGGAGUCCCGCAACCUCUCCUCAGACAUGUAAAAUUGAUGCCAUAUGUGGAGGCUUAUGGACGCACGCUCUGGAGAAAUAAGAAGGGAUGGACGGUAGCACCGAUGGCGUUCUGGUUAUGUUUACUGUCCUAUGGUGUUUUAUGCAGUCGUUUGGCUUUGUAGAACAAUCAGCCCCCCCUCCCCUUCCCCUUUUUCCCUCCUCUGCCCAAACACACACUUUUUUCCCCCUGGUAUUUGUAUGUUCAGAGAAAAGCUUUUAUGUAAGACGUAUCUAAUUAAUGUUUCUAUUUUCAUACCGUUAUAUAUGGAAUGUAUGUUAGGCCUGUAGCGAGGCCGGAGUCGAUCUGGUUCCAGUUCAGUCAGUUCAAGCAGCAUAAAUGAGUUUAUAUUUAGUGGCCCUACAUAUUCAUGAGGUCUCCGGAACCAUUUGUGUCCUGUCCAGAGGUUUGUAAUUGCAAAUCAAAUCGCCUCGAGUGAUGCUAGAGGAGCAGCAGAAGGGCCAUUACCCUGUGGGCCAUUACUUACUCUGCUGAUUUAACAUAUUAGCUCAUGUGAGAAAUUUCAUUAGUAUUCGAUUAAUCUAUCUGUGUAUGUAUCUAUCUAAGAACUGACUGAAGUGACCAAAGCUUGGCCAACACCGCAGUAAACUCUCCUCACCUCUGAUUUUUCUACUACACUUUAUAAGUGUCUUAGUCCGUUGAGAUACUUCAAUAAAUCAAAAUCACUAUUUUCUACGUGUAAAUGCAAAUCACCUGUGUGUUUCAACUGACUGGGACCUGUGUUUAUGAAGCAUCUUUGAAAUCAAGAGUACUAACCCAGGAUCACCAGUGGUGGACGUCGUGAAGUGAGGUCUCCGGAAACGUGUUACUAAAACCAGUUUUGCUUUGAUUGUCGGCGAGAUCUCCGGUGUGUUGGGGCUGUGCAAGGAGAUGAAAAAAAAAAAAAAAAAGCCACUCUGAUCUUGGAUCAGCACUCCGAAGGGAAAUAUUUUAUGAAAACAGGAUCUGGAGUGAAAAUAGGUAUCUUUUUUCUAGUGCGUGGUACAUUGCUUAUAUUAAUAAAUAAUGUUUUGGUCAA